CCAAUGAGCUGCGGGGAAAAGGCUGGAAAAAUAAUUACCUGCCUUGAUUGUUCUGUGAGCAGAUAAAAAGUACAUAUACAGUUCAUACAAUAAUCUUAUGUAUGUAAAACCCCGUUACGAUGUCGGCGACGGGGCCCAUCAGUAACUAUUACGUGGACUCGCUCAUCUCCCACGACAAUGAAGACCUCCUAGCGUCCAGGUUUCCGGCCACGGGGGCUCACCCCGCCGCCGCCAGACCCAGCGGGCUGGUGCCGGACUGUAGCGAUUUUCCGUCCUGUAGCUUCGCGCCCAAGCCGGCCGUGUUCAGCACGUCGUGGGCGCCCGUGCCCUCGCAGUCGUCCGUGGUGUACCACCCGUACGGCCCCCAGCCCCACCUCGGCGCCGACACGCGCUACAUGCGGACUUGGCUCGAGCCGCUGUCCGGCGCCAAGGCCGACCUGGACCCCAGCAACCCCGUGGCCAACUGGAUCCACGCCCGCUCCACGAGGAAGAAGCGCUGCCCGUACACUAAGUACCAGACGCUGGAACUGGAGAAGGAGUUUCUCUUCAAUAUGUAUUUAACCAGGGACCGUCGGUAUGAGGUGGCCCGGGUUCUCAAUCUCACCGAGCGGCAGGUCAAAAUCUGGUUUCAGAACCGAAGGAUGAAGAUGAAAAAGAUGAAUAAAGAGAAAACCGACAAGGAGCAGUCCUAAACCCUGCCCAGCCUGCUGCCUCCGCACAGCCAAGGGAAAAAACAAAAACCCCACAAAAAUACCCCCACCCAGACGGGAGAAAGCACGAAAAAGAAAAGGAAAGAGCAAGAUAGAGAAAAGCCAGUCGGCUUAAAAAGAAAAAAAGGAAGGGGAAAAGGAAAACUCUUGCGAUUUGGGAGGGUUCAGUGUUGAGAUAUUGGUGUUUUAGAGUUAGUUCUACCCAGCGAGGAGGAGGCGGGGAGAGAAACUGCGUUCUCUUCCCCCAGCGCAACCGAAAUAAAUGACACACACAAAUGUGAUUUUUUUUUCUCCUUUCUUCAGAGAAGCCAGUACUUGAAUCACUAUAUUUCUAUUUUUUUUUUUCUUCCUGUAUCGUGUUUGGUCCAGGCCAUCCCUCCCCGGGCCUGGGGCGCUCUGCGUGCAGAUUUUGUACAAAAAAAAAAAGACACACACACACACAUAAUAAUGAUUCCCAGCCCAGGAGCUGAGGGGCGAGGGCUGGGGACCGGGCGGCAGGCUGGGUCGGGCGGCGCAGGCCGGCGCCUUGGGCUGUACAUAGCAGUGUUUCCUCUCACCCCCAGCGUCCGUCCCGAGCGUCCGUCCUGUAACGUGCUUCUGUUUGUUAUGGUAGAACAGCUCUGUGUUAAUAUAUCGAAGUCACUUAAAAAACCAGAAA